CUCAUUAGAGAAGGAUUUUCUUAUGAGGCACUGAUUAUAGCUCAGUGUUAUUUUUGGUGAAGGGAAGAAGGGACUGAAAUAUUUGCAAUGGCUGUCUACCUGCUCCUGAUUUUUCUUUCCCUCAUCACUAGAUCAAUUCAACUGCCAGGCAGUGGAAUAUUUUUAAUACACAAUGAAGACCAUAAACUCUGUGUAAAAGCUCAAAGCUCUAACUCAGUCAUAAUUGUCACUUGCAAUCAGGACGAUGAUUCUCAAAAAUUCAGGUGGGUCUCUGACCACCAGAUUCUGAGUAUGGCAUUGAAGUUGUGCUUGGGUGUGCCUUCAAUGAAAGAUCAGGCUGCGAUCACACUGUAUCCUUGUAACAAGACAAGUGAACUCCAGCAGUGGGAAUGCAGAAAUAAGACCCUUUUCGCAAUCCAAGGGGAAGAUUUAUUUUUCAACUCUGCCCAAGGAGAGGAAAGGAAAGUCAUGCUGUCCAAAGGAUCGGGCUCAUGGAAUAGGUGGAAGAUCCAUGGAACUACAGAAAAUUUGUGUUCUCAGGGCUAUGAAGAUAUGUUUACACUGCUAGGAAAUGCCUUUGGGGCACCCUGCGUAUUCCCUUUCAAGUUCAAUAGUACGUGGUACGCUGAAUGUACAAAGGAUAGAAAGGCUGGUAAUAAACAGGGCUUCCCCUGGUGUGCAACAUCUACAGACUUCGAUGAAGACUCUUUGUUUGGAUAUUGUCCAUUGAAAGACAACAUUGACAAAGACUUUUGGACUACAAACCCUUUCACAGGCACCCACUAUCAGAUAAAUUCCAACUCAGCAUUAACAUGGCACCAAGCAAGAAAAAGCUGCCAGCAACAGAAUGCAGAAUUAUUAAGUAUUACAGAACUACAUGAGCAAACUUAUCUGACAGGGCUAUUUGGCAGAGCAAAUUCUGAACUCUGGAUUGGACUUAACAGGUUGAAUUCCAAUGGUGGAUGGCAAUGGAUUGGUGGCAGUCCAUUCAGAUAUUUAAACUGGGCUCCAGGAAGUCCCUCUCUUGAGUCUGAAAAAAUCUGUGGACUGCUACAGUCUGGGAAUGGUAAAUGGAAAAACCAGCAAUGUGAUCAGAAACUUGGAUACAUCUGUAAAAAAGGAAAUUCCUCUUUGGAUUCCUUUAUUAUUCCCUCAGGUGACUUUAGGCCUAUUAAAUGCCCCAGUGGAUGGAUCCCCUAUUCAGGCCACUGUUAUAUGCUUUACAGAGCACCCAAAAUAUGGAAAGAUGCUUUAUCUUCCUGUAGAAAAGAGGGUGGAGAUCUGGCAAGUAUCCACAACAUUGAAGAAUACAGCUUUACAGUGUCUCAGCUUGGGUACAAGCCUACAGAUGAAUUGUGGAUUGGUUUGAAUGACCUCAAGAUUCACAUGUAUUUUGACUGGAGUGAUGGGACUCCUGUGACUUACACCAAGUGGCUAUAUGAAGAACCAUCCCACGCAAACAACAGGAAAGAAGAUUGUGUCAGUAUGAAGGGAGAGGAUGGCUAUUGGGCAGAUGAUGUUUGUGAAAAGAAACUUGGUUACAUCUGUAAAAUGAAACCGUUGGCAGAAGAAUCUGAGAAAGUCGAGGUCAUUAUCCCAGGCUGCCAGAAAGGCUGGAUAAGACAUGGUUUUUACUGUUACUCAGUCGGACAGACAUCUGUGACAUUUUCAGAAGCAAAGAAAAUCUGUGAAGGAAACAAAGGUUACCUAGUCACUGUGAAAGACAGAUAUGAACAAGCCUUUCUGACUGUCCUGAUUGGGUUCAGUCCUGUGAAAUAUUUCUGGAUCGCUCUUUCAAAUGUUGAGGAACAAGGAACUUUCAAGUGGGCUGAUGGUGAAGCAGUUCUGUUUACUCACUGGAAUUCAGGAAUGCCUGGAAGGGAGCCAGGAUGUGUUGCCAUGAGAACUGGAACUACAGCUGGAUUAUGGGAUGUUGUGAACUGUGAAGAGAAAUCAAUGUUUCUCUGCAAACAGUUGGUUGAGGGAGCGACCCCUCCUCCUGUUCCAACAACAACUCCUGCCCCCUCAUGCCCAGAUGGAUGGCAUUCAAGAGCCCACAGUAGCUCAUGCUUUAAACAUUUUCAGAAUGGGCGAAAACAUAUGAAAACAUGGUUUGAUGCACGAGAUUUUUGUAGAGCUAUAGGAGGAGAUCUGGCCAGUAUCCAUAGUGAAGAAGAUCAAAAUGUAAUAAAUAGCUUGGAAAGAGCUCAUUACUAUCAAUCAUACUGGAUGGGUAUGAGUGCCUUUGAUCCUGACGGAGGGUUUACUUGGAGUGAUGGCUCUCCAGUAAACUAUGAAAACUGGGCAGAUGGGGAACCCAAUAAUUAUGACGGAAAUGAAAAAUGUGCAAUGUUCAAUGGAUACACUGACAUGCAGUGGAACGAUAUGUUCUGUGAAAAAUUCGGUGACUGGACUUGUCAAAUAAAAAAAGGAGCAACAUUAAAACCUGAACCAAGUACCACAUUUGAAUAUACAUAUAAAGUCAGUGAAGAUGGAUGGAUUAUAUAUGAGGACAAGGCGUACUACUUCAGCCAUGAAACUUUGCCUAUGGAAAAAGCCCGAGAGUAUUGCAAGAAGAAUUCUGGAGAUCUUGUUGUCAUUGAGGGUGAAAGUAAAAGAAAGUUUCUGUGGAAAUAUAGCUUCUAUAAUGACUUUCGGGAAUCCCUUUAUAUUGGUUUAAGUGUGAGCCUUGAUAAAAAGUUUAGCUGGAUCGAUGGAACCCCACUAAACUAUGUAGCCUGGUCUCCAAAUGAACCUAACUUUGCAAAUAAUGAUGAAAACUGUGUGGUCAUGUAUACACAAACAGGUAUGUGGAAUGAUCUGAACUGUGGUGCUCCAAACAGCUUCAUCUGUGAAAGGCUCAAUAAUAUUACUCAUUCAACAGUUGCUCCCACAUCACCUGCACCUCUAGGGGGAUGCCCUCAAAAUUGGUUUUUGUUUAAUAACAAGUGUUUCAAAAUAUUCGGUUCCAGUGAAAAUGAGAGCUUGACGUGGCAUGCUGCACGAACAGCUUGUAUAAAUUUGGAAGGAAACCUGGCUUCCAUACCAAGUGAAGAAGUGCAAGCCUUCCUCAUCACGCACUUGAAGGAUGCUUCAACUGAUACCUGGAUUGGACUGAAUGAUGUAAAUUCAGAGUACACAUUCCUAUGGACAGAUGGAAGCGGUGUCUCCUAUACAAGCUGGGCCAAAGGUUUCCCAAAUUAUCGCAGUGAGGCUGAUUGUGUUAUGAUGAUAAAGGACCCCAUUGAGGAAGCAGGGAAAUGGAAAGAUGAAGACUGCCAAAUGAACAAAAGCUACAUAUGCCAGAGGAAUGCUGACCCUAAAUUAUAUAAUUUCCAAACAACAGUUCCAGUCUCUGGCUUUACCCUUUAUGGUAACAGUAGCUAUUCACUCAUCAGUUCCAGAAUGAACUGGGAAGAAGCACAAAAGAACUGCAAGGCUGAAUACUCAGAACUUGCCAGUAUUUUAGAUCCCUACAGCCAGUCAUUCCUGUGGCUACAAGUGUUAAAAAUCGGGCAGCCUGUAUGGAUAGGUCUUAACAGCAAUGUGACUAGUGGCUUUUACAAGUGGACUGAUAACUGGAGAAUCAAGUACUCUAAGUGGGCCAGUGAGGAGCCAAAACAGAACUUGGCCUGUGUUUAUUUAGAUGUUGAUGGGACCUGGAAGACAGGGUCUUGUGACGAAAAUUACUGCUCUGUCUGUAAAAGGUCUGAUGUUUUAGCCCCUACUGAACUUCCACAACUCCCUGGAAAAUGUCCUACAUCUGACAUACGCAGAUCUUGGAUUCCCUUCCAUGGUCACUGUUACUACAUUGAGUCUUCAGAGAUGGAAAGCUGGCCCCAGUCUUCCAUGGAAUGUGUUCGUUUAGGAGCCUCUUUGGUUUCCAUAGAAAAUAUGGCAGAAAUGAAUUUUCUCUUGCACCACUUGGAUGCAUUUGCAAGUGACUCAAGACAGUUUUGGAUUGGAAUGUACAAGAAUGUGGAUGGAGAAUGGACAUGGGCAGACAACAGUGCAGUAGAGUUUGUAAACUGGAAAGAAAGAGAGCCUACGGAUGGUUAUCAUGAAUAUUGUGUUGACAUGGAUGCCUCAGAUGGGGGCUGGAGAAGCUAUUACUGCUCUGCUGACAAAAGAUUUAUUUGUAAAAUACCAAAGAUUACUGAAGUUGAACCAUCUGAGACGCUAUCAGACAAUAAAGUAUUGAAGAAAGAUGAAGCUGUUCCUGCACACCACUUAAAUGGAAUGGCCGUUAUUCUGGUCCUUCUCAUUCUAGUAGGAGCUGGCCUUGCAGCCUAUAUUUUCUUCAAGAAAAAAAGACACAACCAGUUACCAAUAGAUGUCGCCUUUGACAACACUCUGUAUUGCAAUAGAGAUGCUGUUCCUGCAGCUAGUGACUCAAAGUAUCUUGUGGCCAACAUUGAGCAGAAUGAACAAGCUAUGCUUUAAUUCACAAAAUAAAAAUGAUUUUGAUAAAAAUGAAUUUAUCUGGACUACAUGAACCCUUAUGACAAAGCUGUUUUAUCCUGUUAAAAUUGUAGUGCAUUUUGCAGAGACUGUAUUUGUGUGUUAAAUACAUUCUUUCCAUAGUCAUGCGAGGUUCUGAAUCUACUUGUAGAAGAAUAGUUCUGUGGGAGCUAUUUAAUAAAAGAACCAAAUAUGACCUCAAGCCACGUGAAAAACAUCCAAAACUAUUCUCCUGUCCCUACAUGGUACCUGCAAUCCCUAUCAACCAUAAAAAGAGCCAGCCCAUCAUGCUGAUUAUGAGAAUAAUCAUUACAGACUCUUCAAAGCACUCAGAAAAGCAACUGUCUAAUUCUAUUGGAAUCGUGCAAAUCUCACUCCAGAGUUCCAGCACUCCAUGCUGGUGCCAUUGUAUUUCACUUCAGCAUAUUAAAAAAAGCCUUUUUUUGUUGUAUAACUUCAGUUCAGAUGACUUCAGAACAUCUACUCAACAUGUUCUCUUGUAGGGCUUAAUCCACUGAAGUCAAUGGGAUUCUUUUAACUGACUUCCCAGAGCAUUAGAUCAGGCCAUAGGCGCUGACUCUGUGGGUACUUCAGCCCUGGAGCACCCAUGGGGAAAAACUGGUGGAUGCUCUGCACCCACUGGCAGCUCCCCGCCAUGCCCCCAUGCCCCAUCUCACCUCUGGCUCCACUCCGCCUCCUCCUCUGAGCGCACCGUGUCCCACUUCUCCUCUCUCCCAGCACUUGCUGUUGGUAAACAAUUG